GGUGUAGAUGGUGUAUAUUGGUAUAUAUUAAAGGUCGAUGGUGUAUAUUGGUUUAUAUUAAUGGUAGAUGGUGUAUAUUGGUAUAUAUUAAUGGUAGAUGGUGUAUAUUGGUGUAUAUUAAAGGUAGAUGGUGUAUAUUGGUAUAUAUUAAUGGUAGAUGGUGUAUAUUGGUGUAUAUUAAAGGUAGAUGGUGUAUAUUGGUUUAUAUUAAAGGUAGAUGGUGUAUAUUGGUUUAUAUUAAUGUUAAAUGGUGUAUAUUCGUGUAUAUUAAUUGUAGAUGGUGUAUAUUGGUAUAUAUUAAAGGUCGAUGGUGUAUAUUGGUUUAUAUUAAAGAUACCAAAACAUCACCGAGUUACAUAG